GAACAAGUUAAAAGUUAAACAAAUUAAUUUAAACAAUAUCAUAAUGCGAAACACGUUCCGAAUACCCAAUUUUGAUCAAUUGUUUGAUGUUUCCGGCAUUUCUUGUGAUAAAGUUGUGGUUGUAUCAAUUAUUGGGAAAUCGCCUUACAAUUUAUCUGGUUUAAAAGUAAAAUCUAUAGGUCGCGUAAUUGCUCAAAAAGAGAAUACGGACGAUCAAGAGUGUGUAAUUGAUGGCUCAUAUGAUGAAGAAAAUCAAAUAGUUUACUUACAUAUGUCCAGUCCUCUAGAUGCAGACCUAUUUGUGAAUGAAUAUUCAGCUAUUCAAAAGAAAUGUGAAGCUGACAGAAAGUGUGAUGAUUUCUUAGCUGUAUAUGAUGAAAUAAAAAGUAUUUUCGCUCGAUAUCUUCUACUAAUAUUUCAUAUUAGUCACAUUGUAAUUUUAUCACAUCCCACUUGUACAGUAGAUACUAAUUACAUCCAGUAUUUUAAAGCCAUAGAUUCAUUAAGUCAAAAACUAAGUGACAAAAUUACAGAACUUCUAAAGGGUAUUGACACACUUAGCCAAGAAUGGGUUGCUGCUGGAAGAUUUUGUACUCCAAGAUUGAUAUUUUAUUUUGAGAGGUGUCCAACUAACAUUACCAAUGUGAAAAAGCUAGAACAUAAUUUAGAAGAUAAAAUAUAUUUUGUUUUAAAGAAAACACGUAUUAUUAGUUCCUCUGGAUGUUCAGUGUUUGCUAUUCCUAUGAAUGAUGAAUUUGUUUACAUCGAGGAAGCAGAUAGUUAUACAGAUGACCUAGGACAUAUGGUAAGAGGUUUAUUAUUGGAUUGCCAACCAGGAGGAGCUAUGCAGUUAGAAGUUCCGUAUUCUAGUCAGCCAGGAGGAGAAAAGAACUUUAAGAAAUUCCUACUUGUCCAUAUUCAGCAGGCAAGAACCAAAGGUUUUGAUGACACCGUGAGUUCUGGAAGACACCAGCAUUCUCAGGCAGCUCAUUUUGAGCUACCUGUAUUAAAGCAGUGGAUUGAAGCCACUAAAGUUCUUUACAAACUUUUAUCAAAACAAAAACUGGUCAACGCUCUAUGUACCGAUACCCGAUUUUCUGAACAACGUUGUCUGAAAGUCCUUCCUUUAGCUUUAGCCAGGUAUUUAGAGGGUUUACCUUCGCACUAUGCCAAAGUUGAUCACGAAGCUAGAUUGGCGAUAGCUCUAACACUAUUUAGAGCUCAAGCACGUGGCCCGGUUUUUGAGCGCUAUGCGUCUCAGCUAGAAAAGGACUGUCGAGCUCAUUGGGAAAACGGUAGACAACAAUGCGAAGUCGCUUCUUUGACUGGUAAUCCCUGUAAGUUACCAAAACAUUCUAGCGAUAGGGAACACAUGAGUGGAUUUAUCUAUAAAGCCGUAUGUGAUUGUGGCCGAAAAGUGGGAGCUAGGGAGGACCCAUACAACGUAAAGCAAGCCAAUUACACAUUUUAUCAUCAAAUAUCCAAAGAAUGUCAAUGCUCGAAACUGGAAAAAAUACAAUUUCCCCAACAAACGAAAACGACCAAAGCCUCUGUCAGCGAAACGGAGGAGUCAUCGGUUUCAUCAGAGCGAAGUGAAAAGGAUCAGGAGAAGGAAAACUCUAGUUUGUCAGAAACUGCCCCGGCGAUGCUAACGUUGAGUACAACUCCUGGUUUGUUGCCAAUAUAUUCCUCUUGGUCUUUAGUGUGUCUUGGAGCAUCGUCGCUGUACAGUCAUAAUUUAGGAUUAUCAGAAUCACAUCAACCAGGAUUUUUAAGCUCAACCAACUAUCUCCUACCAUGGGACGUACUAGUAUUUUCCAAAUCCAAGCAAAUAUGGCCCCACGUUAAUAAAUACACCACGAGAGGCAGGAGAGGUCGAUCCACUGGAAGCUUACCGCAGUUUACUGUGAAAGUAUUCAUCGGUGUAGAAUACGAAUGUUCGUCUGGUCAUAGAUUUAUGUUAUCAAGUCCUGAGAGAAUGUUGAAAGCUAUGCCUGGAAGCAUAGUUAAGGAGACAGGACACAAAAUAGCUGAAAGCGAUAUGCCAUUGUACUUUCCAUGUGCUUGCAGAGCAGGAAAAUUGGCACAACUUAUGAGAUUGCAUGUAGUAACGCCUAAAGCGCCAGUCCACUGCACUUUAGAUCCUAAAGUUCAACCGGGUCCUGGAGCACCAAUUUUUACACCAACCACAGAAGGCCCUACAAAACUUACGCAAUCAGCUUAUUGGAUAAUGCGUUUUCCAUAUGUAUACAUAUCAGACAAAGAACAUUAUAACGUGAACGGUGCCGCUAGACUAUUACAAGGAGUGUUCGGAGUAACAGAGAUGGAUCAGUAGUUUUAUAUUGUUUUUAAUAUACAUUUUUUUUUAGAAA